UAGCCUGUUGCUUAAGUCUGAAUGAACUAUAGAGAGAGGAGGACGGAGAGCGCAAAGAAGAUGGGAUGACAAAAGACAUAUCGUGUGCGUUAUCGAAGGUUGUCCAAAACAACAGAACUACUGGUUCUGAUUUGUACUGAGGUGGACGGACACGCGAGGAGAAAAAGGGUGGAAGACACGGCUGUUUCAAGAGUCAGAAACCUGAAGGGAUAACUGAUAAGUAAGGCGGUGUGUUCUAAUUCAACUGAGGGGAAGACAGAGAGGCAACGUGAGAGAGGACGAAGAGGAAGCCACCAGAAAGGAAUGGGUAAAAAGUAUACAGAGUGUGUGGGGGCAGGAGAUUAACACUCAGAGAGGUACAGCGAAGAAGAAAAAGGCAGAGGAGUGGAGGCAGAGGGGAAAUUGAAACAGAAUGUUCCAGAGGUGACUGGCAAAGAAGUGUUGAGGAGGGCAAACCACAAAAGAGUGUGUGAGUGGUUCCAGGGAUUAGAAACAGAGGACAUAGUAGGAGGGGCGGUAUGAGGGUACUGCUCAUGAAACUGCUGUCCUCCUUGAUGCUCAUCUUCCUCAUCUUGGGGACUGCCUUGAUCGCUCUCAUCUGGUACGUGCUCAGUGACAGCAGUGUUGGACCUCACCCUCCUUACCACCACGCCCAAAACAGCAUUCGUUCUGACUCCUCUGAACCAUGUAAAGACUGCAGGGACAAUAUCAUUGACGAGGUUGUGAAGCGCUACUCUCAUGGCUGGAAAAAGCAGGAGGAAAAUCCCAAAAGAUUCAGAUCUCUGCUGAGAAGCACAUGCAAUGGUCUCACCAAGUCCAUCGUCACACAGGCCAACACUCCAUUGGGGUCAAAGGUUGCGUAUGACGGGGAAAAAAGAAAACCCUUCGUGGUGACCCCAAAACUCUUCAGCACCUUUGCAAAGAGGCAUCCCUUUUUAAAUAAAACAUGGAACACUUGUGCUGUUGUUGGGAAUGGAGGUAUCUUGACCAACAGCAGCUGUGGAAAGAAAAUAGAUUCUGCGCAGUUUGUUAUCAGAUGCAACCUACCCCCUUUAGAAAAUGGCUAUGAGAGAGAGGUGGGCAACAAGACUGACCUGGUGACAGCAAACCCAAGCAUCCUCUUCGAGAAGUUUGGGGGUCUGCUGGAGCGCCGUCGUCCCUUUGUGGAGAAACUACGUAGCUAUGGGAAUUCCCUGAUGCUCCUGCCAGCCUUCUCCUAUGGCCUUAAUACUGCUGUAUCCCUCCGAGCUCUGUACACCAUCCAGGACUUUCAAAGCCCCACACAGCCUGUAUUCCUCAACCCAGAGUAUAUCCGGAGUCUGAACCGCUUUUGGCGCUCUCAGGGCCUUAGAACAGUUCGGCUUAGCACAGGCAUUAUCAUGGCCAGCCUGGCACUGGAGCUCUGCACCAGUGUAGACCUGUAUGGGUUCUGGCCCUUCAGCCAGCAUCCAUAUGGACACCAUCACCUUACCAACCAUUACUAUGAUGACAGGCAGAGUAAAAAGAAAGUCCACGCCAUGCCUGCUGAGUUUGAACAUUUGCUGAGGCUGCACAGCCAGGGUGUGCUCAGAAUACAUCUAGGGGAAUGCCUGACAACAACCAGGCCAGUGGGAAGUGCAACGACUGGUGGGUGAAUCAUCGUCCAUGUUGAAGAUGAAAGGUCAGCCUGCAGAAGACAGACCAAACUCUGCUCAGAAGUUCUGGAUUGCAGCAGCCUGGAGGGGUGUUUUUGCAUGCAUGCAUGUGUGCAUGUGUGCGUGUGUGUGUGUGUGUGUGUGUGUGUUUCUUUAUGGCUGCUACCCUACAGAUCACUAUGGAUAAAGGAACAAGGAGGAAGGAGGUCGUGAUGUGAAGUUAAUGCCAAGCAGGCUCCUUGGCAGUCAGGUUUUUUGCACUGAAUUCAAAAUGCAAAAAAAAAAAAAAGUGUUAAUAUUGUAUACUAGGGCUGGACCCGAAUAUCUGACUAUUUGGAUAUUCGUGCGUUGGGUAGGUAUUCGGUUUCAAUUUUGGGAUUCGGAUAUUUGGGGUUUUAUUUUUUAUUUUGCUAAAGCUAGGCCAUCAAUAAAGGCGAACUACAAAAUACAUUUGUCAGCCCA